CGCGGCCCCAGCAAGGCCGGCCGGGUCACAUCUGCUUACACCACCUGACGAUCGGCCUCUUUCAAAACUCGGCCUCCCGCUGCUGCCGCCCUCCAGUUGCCUCCCUCUGGCUGAUGCUUGCAGGUCCAAAGAGGGUAGGGGGUUACGGUUUAUAAUUAACACUAUUAAAAAUAGACUUUGAAUAAGUUGAACACAGAGAGGCUAGAAAGCUGUUGUGCAACUGGCACGUUAGGAGGAAACCGAGUGGUAUCAUUCAAACAAAGGUAAUCCAAGACAGCGCAGCGCGGGAGCUUCCACUACCAGGAUGGCCUGGGACUCCCUGUGCGGCGGGGACUUACUGCGCCCCAAGAUCAGAAGCGCCUCGAGCCGGACACCUGGCAGCCAGGGCAGAGCCCGAACACCCUCCCUGGAGGAGCUGCAGCGCCUGCUCUGGACACGCGCGCACCCCACGGGGCACGUGGACGAAGUCUGGCCAAACCUUUACGUGGGAGACCUGUACGUCGCUCGUGACAAAGCGCAGCUGAGUCGAAUGGGCAUCUCCCAUGUUGUGAAUGCCGCUGCCGGGCGAUUUCACAUCGACACUGGACCCAAGUUCUACAAAGACCUGCCUGUGGAUUACUACGGAGUAGAAGCAGAGGACAACCCAAACUUUGAUCUCAGCAUUUACUUCUACCCAGUUGCUCAAUACAUAAGAGCAGCACUGAAGUCCCCAAGAGGGAAAGUACUAGUUCACUGUGCAAUGGGAAUCAGUCGAUCUGCAACUCUCGUCCUCGCUUUCUUAAUGAUCUGUGAAGAUAUGUCCCUCGCUGAAGCAAUUCAGACUGUGCGCUCACACAGAGGGAUCUGCCCCAACUCCGGCUUCCUCAAGCAGCUUCGGGAGCUGGACCUCCAGUUAGGAAGGGGGAAAGGCAGAGGAGCAGAGGCCUGCUAGUGCCAAGGGGGCAUGUCUCCUGGCACCGGACCAAGAGAUGCUGCUCGCACCGAAGGCAGUGCAAGGAUGCUGUCAGGACUGCUCUGCAGUUGCACUGAGAAACUCCUUGGGAAUCGGCUGAGCAUGAGCAAGCUGGUAGGAAUUCAGUAUGUAUUUUUUGAAUAAGCCCACUAAUUGGAAAGAAAAUGAAAUAAAGAAGGAUUCAAACCGG